AUGGUCCGAACCAGGAGAGAGAGGAAGGCGACCGCAACCGAGAUCAAGCUGACCCACCCCGACCGAUCGGCGCCGAGCGAGAACACGCUGCUCCAGCUUGCCCAGGACCGCAAUCUCUUCGAAGAAGCAGAGAGGCGGGAGCGGAGGAACGCAGGCAAACGCGGCCAAGAUGAGGACGAAGGGGAGCCCCUCCUAUCGCCGGCGGCGGAGAGAGUGAUGGACACCAUUCUCUGGGCCGGGAGCCUGUCCAUGCUACACUUCACGCUCGACGUCCUCGUCCAGCAUCAAUAUGCCGUCUCCAUCAUAUGGCCUCAGAUCAUGACUAGAACAGUCCAAGCCUUUGCUGUGUUCCUCCUGCUCUUCUACGUGCUUCAUCCGCACCCCUCGGCUCCGAUACUCCUCCCCGGGCUUCCCGUUAGAUUCCAGGCGCCUCUCCGGCAGACCCUCUUCCUCGUCGCAAGCGUCUGCUCUGGCUGCUACCUGAUCCACAUCUCGAAUAAGUACGGGUAUCUGGCUAUCAUGAAGCGGUCGCCGCCGCUGGGCUGUAUCUGGGUCUGGUCUGUCAUCGAGCUUAACCUUCCGCUUGCCAUGCUCUCUCUGGCUUGCUCCGGCGGCUUCUUCUACCAGGGCGGAUAUUCGAUAAGGCAACAGUAUUGA